AACCUGAUGUAGGCCUUAAAGGUGCGGGCUCCAGCGCCUGCGGCCCCGCUGCUCUCUUCUCCAGCCAGCUGGCCGGCCGGGCCUCCCGCCAUCAGGCCGGGCCCUGCCGCUCUUCGGAUUCCUGAGGGCGAGGAGGGCGCGGGUCGGGGGCCGGGGGCCCGGGGCCGGGGCCUAAGCCGGACAGGAGGCGUCUGGAGAGGUCGAGGCACUGGGAGCGGCGGCCAGGGGCGCGGGCGGGUCUGCGGGGCUCGUCCCGCGCAUGCAGCGUUUGCGCGGGGCUUCCUUAUUUUACUUAGCGCUCGCCUCUAAAAUUGGCUUCUGGAGUUACAGUGAAUGAUGAAGUCAUCAAAGUUUUUAAUGAUAUGAAAGUAAGGAAAUCUUCUACACAAGAGGAGAUCAAAAAACGAAAGAAAGCAGUUCUCUUCUGUUUAAGCGAUGACAAAAGACAAAUAAUUGUAGAGGAAGCAAAGCAGAUCUUGGUGGGUGACAUUGGUGAUACUGUAGAGGACCCCUACACAUCUUUUGUGAAGUUGCUACCUCUGAAUGAUUGCCGAUAUGCUUUGUACGAUGCCACAUACGAAACAAAAGAGUCUAAGAAAGAAGACCUAGUAUUUAUAUUCUGGGCUCCUGAAAGUGCACCUUUAAAAAGCAAGAUGAUUUAUGCUAGCUCUAAAGAUGCCAUUAAAAAGAAAUUUACAGGUAUUAAACAUGAGUGGCAAGUAAAUGGCUUGGAUGAUAUAAAGGACCGUUCAACACUUGGAGAGAAAUUGGGAGGCAACGUAGUAGUUUCACUUGAAGGAAAACCCUUAUAAAAUGACAGUCAAGUGCCACCCGGAUCUUAAGGAGCUUCCAUUUCUCCAGCUCAAUCAGUUGAAAUAGUAUUAGGUGUUUGUUUCUUUGUUUUUUGUUUUUUUUUCUUUCUCUUCCCACUGGGUCCUUCCAAUACAGUGAAUGAAGGAAAUAUCAUUCAUGUAAGCAGCCUAUCAGUGAUUGCCAUUAGACUGUUUAAUACUGUUAUUUUUAUGUAGAACCCAAGGAAUGCCUUCCCAUCAUAUUUUAGCCAAAACAACUGGUUAUAUGCCUCCCUUGCAGCAAGCACUACAAUGAAAGUGAUUGUCAAUGUGAAUAGCUUAGAAUACUGCAAAGGGUAAGCUGAUUGAAUGCCUUGAAAGUAUUAUCCACUGGGCAGAUGGUGAACUUUAUUCAGUAUUAUUAUUUAUAGUUGCACUUGAUUGCAGUUCUGUGAGGCUCGAGCAUUCAUACACCUCACCUGCCUUGGCAAGCCUAUUUUUGUGACAUGGCAGCACAGAUAUAACACUAUGCAUUGAAAGCACUUUUUUUGUAAUGAGUUUAACCCCCUACCCCCCCCAAAAGGAUUGCCAAUUAAGUUUUGUUAACUGUGUCAUCAACUUAUCCUAGUACCUCAGUAUUCAUUCCUGUUACCUGCAUAUCUUAAAAGAAAUAGCUGUUACUAAUGCCUUUUUGUUUUCCAUUGAGUGUACACUACUGAAUAAGUGUAGGAGUUUACGUUUACCAUGUAAGUUUUGCAACACUAAAAAUAUUUUGAAUAUCAGUCAUGAUGGCAAUUUCUGUGUAAAAGAGCCUUAAAUGGAACAUUGCUUUUGAGAUCAAACUCCCCACCCUCACAAUAAUGGCCACGUUGCAAUAAAAAUUGUGGCAUAUUACAGAACGUUGCCUUGUUUUCCUUGGACAUUUUGCAAAAUGUUAUGUGAAGCAAAUUUUAGGGUAAACAGCUAUUACUAAUCUUUGCACUGGUCAUUUACGAAUUUUUUUGUACAACAUUCAUGCAUGAUAUUUUCCAGUUUGUUGAGUUUAAAAAAUAUUCUAAAGCCAAUUAAUAGAAAAUGUUGUUAUAGAGGGAUACUUUUAUAAGCAUUAGUUUAUUUAUUUCCUUAUAUGUUAAUAUGAAGAUCAGAAGUUAUUUUUUGCACUUUGACAUAAAUAUUCUUCAAUACCAGGUUUGUUCUCUGGGUAAAUUAGGGUAGUUAUUUUUUAAUUCACGUUUACAUUUCUGAGUAAUUGAGUAGUAGAAGCAGGGAGCUCUUACUGCAUAUUUGGUCAUAAUGAAAAUAAUUUAUAAAAUGUCCUUCAAAAGUUAAUACUUCUCAUGUUUAGGAACUUUUAUUUCAGCUAUUCUUUAUUUUGCAAAUUGGAAAAAAAAAUGAUGUAGCAGUCUUAAACAUUAGUAGUGGGAUUUGGCUGUGGUCCAGAGUGCUCUCCUUAUAGAGAAUUUGAUCUGCUCAGUGUGAGCAGUUUGCUGUUAGCCAGAGCUAUUUAUGGCAAACACAUGCUUUUGUAUCUUGUCAUAGUUAUCCACAAAUGGCAAAACUGGACUUGAUUCUACUGGUAUGCAAAACAGGCAUGCUAGUAAGCAGUCAAUCGUGGCUUAGAACUUAACCCCAUAGCUCUCAAGAGUGCUCUUCUCAGAAAACAGGAAACAAAAACUCUCCCUUUUUUUUAAAUGUGUGAAAGUGAUUUGAGUAUAAUUAGAUAUUUUCCCAUAUUUUCAGAAGAUUUUUUCAGGUGGAAACAGAGGAGUUAAAUGUCUAGGCUUCCAUUUAAAAUUAUAUGAAUGGCUUGGGAUCUUUUGCACUGAGCCAUCUUAUUUCAGGCUUCCAGCUGUCCCUGUGAGUUAUCCUGGACGUUUGUCAUGGCUUUUUGGUAAGGCUAAACUCAUAAGGAAAGUAUGACAAUAAUGACAUACACUAAACCGUAUGUAUAACUGAUUCUUAUACCAUGGAAUUUUUCAUCAUUUUCCUCGUUCUAAAAAAUAAGGGACUCUAAGUUAUGUAGUAUCUUUAUUUUUAUAGCUGAUUUAUCAGCUUUCUUAUAUGCCUCAUAUAAUAGUUUCAGAGAUCAAAUAUUGCUUUAAACUGUGGUACUUUGAAUUUGUUCGAUUGACAGAACUGAUACUAAGCUCAUUUUUGAAAUACAUCUUUGUGCAUAACGCCAAAAAUAAUGAUAAAAGUAAUGGUUCACAUGUUACUUGAGACUAAUUUGGCAUUUGAAGUGAUCAUUUUAUUUCACAGUCAUUUACAAUGAAACAAUGUUCCAGUUAGCUUUAAAAGGUAUACGGUGCUAAUUAGUAAAAUAUUGCCCUCAAUAUUUUACUGCUAGCUUGCAAAAUUAUAAGUGUUUAAAAAAAUAAAAUGUAUGAAAAUAUAUAAAGCUGUUGAGAUGUGUUCACUUAUAUUUCAGAACAUUAAAAUUUUAAAAAUUAAUGUUGGAGAUCAAAGAGGCACCAUUAUCUUUAGUCUUUUUUAGGAUUUUAGUUGGUAUACUUUGUCAUUUGCAGAUAACAGUAUUCUUUGAAAAUUUGUAACUUACAGCGAUUAAUUUAACAUUUUCAGACAAAUGGAACAGUUGGCAUUUGUCCCCAAACUGGCUAUCAUCAGCUGUUGUUUUCAAUCAUUAUCUAAAAUAAUGUGCCAGCAUUGUGUAUUUAAUGUCCCUUUUUAGUAGAUUGAAAGAAAAGCCUCAUAUGUUUGAGUAUCCUGAUAUAGAUCCUUUGUAGCAGCUAGUUUAGAAAUCUAGCAAAUGAGUUUUGGGAGAAAAUCAUUUUAAGUGUUUCCUUAUUAAGGAAUAAUCUCAGUAAUGGUCAAUCAUAGAAGGGUUGGGAACACCCUUCAUUAGGUUUGCCACUCUGAAAAAAUAAUCUGGUUCUGCUCUUCAUAGGUCCUGUUUUUGCUUGUACAGUUAAUAGUUUGAGAUCCAAACAAACAUGAAUAUUAAGUUUUCUAUGAAUAUUAAAACUAUUAGAGAUGUGCAGGCAGGCUCCAAUGAAUAUUGCUUUUUCAGACAGCUUGAAUUUACACGUUCCAUGUCUCAUGUCAGCCAAUAAAGAAGUCUGAGGCUUUUCUUUUGCUCUAGAACAUCCAAAUUGCUUUUUUCCAUGUAGAAUUGGGAGUCAUCCCUCCACUUCAAUUUCUUGUCAUAAAGCAAUUGGGCAAAUUAUUCUUUCUGAGCCUCAGUUUCAUUUCUUUUAAUAAUAUAAGAAUAAUAUUCAUCAUACCUCAUUGUAGAGGAUCAACUAUGGAAAUUACUUUUGGAAAACGAAAAUGCUAUGUAAGCAAUUGGUUAAACCAUUCUACGUGUAGUUAAAUAGAUAACCAUGUCAAAAAUAAGAUUUAUUAUAAGUCUGAACCUCUUCAUUUUUGUAAUUAUUCCACUUCAUCUCACAGUUUAAGGACAAAUUAGCUGGUAUGUGGCAUUGGUUUUUCAGAAUGUGGUAAAGUGUAGCCUCUGAGUUGAUGUUCGUGACUGCUCUUAAUCUUUUGAGUGUAGUUUUCUUUUUCAUGUAUGACCGAUCCAUUAACUACUCUUUUCCCCCAAAUAAUUUUGAAGUAAAAAAUGAAAUAAAGCUAGAGAAAUAUUGGUAUGGAA